ACCAUGGCGAGAGAGAACGGCGAGUGCGGCGGCGAUGGAUCCUGGAAGAAGAACGUCGACGACAUCAAGCACAUCUUCGACUUCAAGGAAGUGCUCGGGACGGGCGCGUUUUCAGAAGUGGUGAUGGCCCGGGAGAAGACCACGGGAAAGAUGGUGGCGAUCAAGUGCAUCCCCAAAAAAGCACUGAAGGGGAAGGAGACGAGCAUCGAAAAUGAAAUCGCCGUGCUGAGGAAGAUCAAGCAUGAGAACAUUGUGGCUCUGGAGGACAUCUACGAGAGCUCCAACCACUUGUACCUUAUCAUGCAGCUUGUGUCUGGAGGUGAGCUGUUUGACCGCAUUGUGGAAAAGGGUUUCUACACAGAGAUGGAUGCCAGUCGACUCAUCCGGCAGGUUUUGGAUGCGGUCAACUAUCUUCACUCUAUGGGCAUAGUGCACAGAGACCUAAAGCCUGAGAACCUGCUGUACUUCAGCCCUCAUGACGAGUCAAAGAUCAUGAUCAGUGACUUUGGCCUCUCCAAGAUGGAGGGAACAGGUGACGUGAUGGCCACCGCCUGCGGGACUCCGGGAUACGUGGCUCCUGAGGUUUUGGCUCAGAAACCCUACAGUAAAGCUGUGGACUGCUGGUCCAUCGGGGUCAUCGCUUAUAUUCUGCUUUGUGGUUACCCACCUUUCUACGACGAAAACGACUCCAAGCUCUUUGAGCAGAUCCUCAAGGCAGACUACGAGUUUGACGCACCGUACUGGGAUGAUAUAUCGGACUCUGCCAAAGACUUCAUCAGCUUCCUAAUGGAGAAGGACCCAGAGAAGAGAUUCACGUGUGACCAGGCCCUUGAGCACCCCUGGAUUGCUGGAGGCACAGCUCUCUGCAAGAACAUACAUGAAUCUGUCAGCCGACAGAUUCGGAAAAACUUCGCCAAAAGCAAAUGGAGGCAAGCCUUUAAUGCAACGGCUGUGAUCCGCCACAUGAGGCGUCUGCAGCUGGGAACUAGCUUUGGCAGCAGCGUCUCCGGCAACAACUCUGAGGCCAACCCCCAGAGCCGAGCUCCAGCCAAGAGCCAGUCUGUGGACGGCGCCCCGCUCUCCCCGAAGGACUGUCCUCCAAUAGCUCCUCUGCCAUCUGCUGUUAAAGUGCAGAAUCAGGACUCGGACAUCCCCUCUCCUGUGCGAGAGGAACCCUCCGUGGUGGCCGAGCCGUCACGGCCCCGGCCCUCCACCGUUACCGUCAUUAACACAGGGACUAAAUGACGCCAGGUUCCGCGGGAGGUGAGCUGGGAGACCACGGAGCUUUGAGACGGGAUCAAACCAUCCCAGGCCUCGUGAUCCGAUGUCGUUGCCCAGUUUGCCCAUCCCGCGGCCUCCCACCUGUUUCUGCCAAACACGGGAGGAAUUUAAGGAGCGUUCGUUUCAGCUCCAUUUACCAUGGCUGCAAGCCCGGCAUCCGGCUGCCUGGCUUCCCACUGUCAUACAGACCCCGGAGUACGGAGGGGGAGAAGUUGAGCAGAAGUUGUUGAGGGAAGCCAUGUUCAGGCUGCAUCAUGGUUGGACAAACAACCUGCUGGUGUGCAGUGCCACACCAGAGGGAAACUCUUCACUGAAGCUGCUGUCUUUCUGACUGAGCGUCUUGCGAUUGGACGCUCCUCUGUAUGCCUUGUGUAAAUAUCCUGCCUAGAACUAUACUGUGGAGUGGAGUGAUAAGUGAAACAUAAGCUUCAAGUUGUGGUGAAGUAAUCGUGACAUCAUCUGCACUCUGAACUUCUCGUCGUUUUUGACCGCGCGUUCAUUUGCUGUGGUAUUUGCUCCAAUGGCUCACAGGGUCAUGACCCUCUAACUGUGUGACGGUGUGUGUAACUCUUUGCUUUAAGGUGUGUGGACGAGAAAAACGAGCAGGGUGAUGUGAGCGCUGGGGGUGCAGCUGCGUUGCACUAAAUGCAUCGGAUUAUUUAUUUUCUUACAUUACGACUUUUCUAAAAAAUAUCACUUUGAGAAAUGUGUAAAUGUGGAAAACUUCAACUGAACUGAAAAGUUAUGGCUUCAAAUGAUAAAGACAAAAUAUGUGAUAGUUGCUUAUUAUUUGUAAUCACUGUUAUGUUUGAUUGAUUCUUUUGAACGUGACUGUGAAGUCCUCCUCGACCACAGGAGGGCGACCACGUGUUGUCGCUCUGUGAGCAGUUCUCAGGGAUGUGCUCCGACAUGAAUCUGUCCAAAUCACCAGACGCUGCUGCUGAGGAGGAAAGUGAAAGAGCUGAAAAGAAAAACCCUCCAAAUCCUGCAUGUUAUUGUCUCUGGGUUUGACAUCAUUGCUAACACAUGUAACUCUCACUGAAUGGAUGAAAACCUUGAAUUACAGAUUUAAAGAACCUUCUCGUGUUCACAUUCAUGUCUGGGGUAAAAAAAAAAAAAAAGGUUAUACUCAGUUUGUCUUUCUUUCAGUUCAUUUUUUUUAUCAUUACUCCAAAUUGUGCAUAUUAUUCUAAUGUGCCAUUGAGGCUGACAAAGGUCCCUUAAAUCCAGCAUUACUAAUAUUUGAACAUCAUGUUUCACACUGAAUGGUGAACACUUAACGACAAACCUUAAAUUACAGAUUUAAAGAAUGUGUUUGAAGUGUGAAUUCAUGUCUGCAGUAAACAAGAAAAAAGGAAAAUGACAAAUUAAUGCAAAUGUAUCAAUUUUGCUCCCAUGGUCAGUAUAUUGUACAGUUGAGUGGUGAAAAUAUCGUGCUCUGCUUCCGCUCAUGAAGUGUCUGGUCUGGAAACGGGUCACUUUCUCUCUCUGUGUUUAAUCACUGUGCUUUCAUACCAGCCUGUUGAAUUUAGCAGAAAGACUCAUUCUCCUGCUCUGUCUCUCCCUCUCUCUCUUUCUCUCGUUCACACAGAAAAGAGAAGGGGUCUGUCUUUGGGUUCUCUCUUAGGAUCCUGUAGUUUCAUACGAAGGAGGGGGGAAGGAACUCUACACCAGAACAUGCCCAAUAUCAAGGGCUACGCCAUCUUGAAUUAUUUAAAAAAAAUGUUGGAUAGUGAAUGUGUAAAUACAAAUCUCAACCACACAGUUUGCUUGGGUCAUGAGUGUUUAUUUUUUUGUCUUCCCUCUUAAAAAAAAAACACCAAAAGAAAACAUCAUAUGGUGCAUUUAAUGCCCCUCAGUAUGCAUGUAUUAUGUAUUGUUCUGUGGAGUUGUAGAGAUCAUGUAUUAA